CAAGGCUUCUCCGCUGGCCAUAAACAAACUUUGCAGCCUUUCUUGUCAGAAUUAUCUCUCCUCUCUUGUGCUACUCUGCUACUAUCUGCCAAAGAUAUAAAAGAACCUGCAGAAGUUCCUGGAAAAGCUUAUCCAACUUUCUCUUCGCAUAACCAAACGCCAAACAACCCUUAUUAAAAUCAACCAAAUCCAAAACAAACCAAACUAAACUGAUCUCUCUCUCUCUCUCUCUCUCUCUCUCUCUCUCUCUCUUCAUGGACUUCCAUCUGAAGCAAUGGAGAACGCAGCAGCACGAGUCAGAAGAACAACCCUCUGCAAAGAUGCCAAAACUCCUCCUGAAUCCUUAUCAACCUCAACCACAGCCACAACACCCGUCUGCGUCUACUGCUUCUCUCCCUUUGUUUGUACCUGAAUCCAACAAUAAACUCAGUAACCUGUCAGCACUUCCAGAUUCAACCCCAGCUGCCACCAACAGAUUUCCCAGGAUGGAAGGGAGUUGCUUCAGCUUGGCUCAGUGGCAGGAGCUAGAGCUGCAAGCUCUGAUCUACAGGUACAUGUUGGCUGGUGCUGCCGUUCCCCCUGAACUACUCCAACCAAUCAAAAAAAGCGUUCUUCGCUCUCCACCGUAUUUCCUCCACCACCCACUUCAACAUUAUUCUUAUUAUCAGCCAACUUUGUUGCAAACAGGGUAUUGGGGACGAGCAGCCAUGGAUCCAGAGCCUGGUCGAUGCCGGAGAACAGAUGGUAAAAAAUGGCGGUGCUCGAGGGACGUGGUGGCGGGUCAAAAGUAUUGCGAGCGCCAUGUUCACCGUGGUCGCAACCGUUCAAGAAAGCCUGUGGAAAUCCCCACACCCACAUCCUCCACCACCACUACUACUAUUGGUACUAGCGGGGGAGGAACGGGUGGUGUGGCCGGUGCUGCUUUUAACAGCACGACAUCCAUUGUUGCACCGCCUCUAGGAGCGGUAACUAACGGUGCAAGUUUUCCUUUUUCUGGGCAAUCGCCUUCAACAGAUCUCCUCCAUCUGAAUAACGGUUCCUCGGAUUCCAAAACUGAAAUCAAGGGCCUGCUUGGGCCCGAAAAAGAGGUUGCUAACAGAAAUAAUGGUCACAUUCUGAGGCAUUUUUUUGAUGACUGGCCAAGGUCGCAUCAAGAACCGGACAGUGCAGGAAGCAAUGCGAGUCCAAUGAACUCGGCAACCUGCCUCUCAAUCUCAAUGCCUGAAAACUCUCCUUCAGACGUGUCGUUGAAAUUGUCCACUGGCAAUGGAGAGGAACCAGCAGGCCCAAGAGGCAAUGAAAGAGAGCACCCCCAAGUGAGUUGGACCGGUGGAUGGGGGACAAGCCAGGUGGCUUCCAUGGGAGGACCUCUUGCGGAGGCACUAAGAUCCUCCACCUCUAAUUCAUCUCCAACCAGCGUUCUACACCAGUUGCCUCCAGGCUCUGCUUCUGAACCUAGCUUUGUUAGCACUUGAUUCUGGUUUCAGUUUUAUAUAAUACCUUAAUAAUGGGUUCCCCAGCGUUGGCUGCUACAGACAUCCCAAUCAUAAUUCUACCAUGUAACAUUUGCACGGCUGGCUAGUGCCAUGGCGGCGGCUUUUGAUUGUUUUGGUUGGAAAAUUUACAUGGAUUUAGUUUGUUCCCAAA